CAUCCACGCCUGCGCACGGCCGGCACUCUGUAGCCAGCCGCUAAGGCGCAUGCGCACACCCGGCACCCUCCGAGGCCGGCCGGCGGCGCGCACGCGCACUGCGUUGAUCCGCCUUUUCUGGUGGGAAGCAAGUGGGCGUGACGUCAAAGAUCGCUGAUUGGCCCCCAGCAGAGUGAAGGAUACGGGAUGCGGGAGGCAACAGAUUCAUUGACAGUCGGGAAGCGCUCGGUACAGGCAGAGGGAGUGAGGGGAGUGAGUGCAGUCCCUCCCGGGUCGCUCCUGGACCUCAGCCGUGUCUCGGUCCCAGCUACACAAGGUCCCAGCAUGGAAUACAACAAUACCAAACCACAGCUGUCAUCCCGGGCUAAUGCUUUCUCCAUUGCGGCCCUCAUGUCAACCGGAAACUCCAAGGACAGGGAACUGCAGGAGAACACGAUCAAACCCCUCGAACAGUUUGUGGAGAAGUCUUCUUGUUCGCAGCCCCUGGGUGAUCUGGGCAGCCUGGAACUGGGAGAUUACGGCAACAGCGGAUCUCCGGCGUGUACGGUACCCCUCAUCCCGACCACCCCCAGCGUCCCCAGCGCAGAAAUGGCCAAGAUCACCUGUAACUUGGAAACCAAAGAGCUGUGGGACAAGUUUCAUGAGUUGGGCACCGAGAUGAUUAUCACUAAAUCCGGCAGGAGAAUGUUCCCAACUAUCCGCGUCUCGCUGUCUGGAGUCGAUUCCGAGGCGAAGUAUAUCGUGUUGAUGGACAUCGUGGCGGUGGACAACAAGCGGUAUCGCUACGCCUACCAUCGCUCUUCUUGGCUGGUGGCUGGCAAGGCCGACCCGCCACUCCCAGCGAGGCUCUAUGUGCACCCUGACUGUCCGUUCACUGGGGAACAGCUUUCGAAACAAAUGGUCUCCUUCGAGAAAGUGAAACUCACCAACAACGAGUUGGAUCAACACGGACACAUCAUUUUAAACUCCAUGCACAAAUACCAGCCGCGGGUUCACGUCAUUAGGAAGAAAGACCACACCGCUUCUCUGGUCAACCUCAAGUCGGAGGAGUUCCGCACCUUCAUUUUCCCGGAGACAGUUUUCACUGCGGUGACCGCCUACCAGAACCAACUUAUCACCAAAUUAAAAAUCGAUAGCAAUCCUUUCGCCAAAGGAUUCCGGGAUUCCUCCCGGCUCACCGAUAUGGAGAGGUACUGUCUCCCGGAGGAAAGUGUGGAGAAUCUUAUCCAGAAGCAUACCUAUGCACGAUCACCCAUCCGGACAUAUGGAGGCGAAGAUGAUGCUCUUGGAGAGGAGAACCAAACAGCACAGAACAGAGGAUCCGCCUUUACAACUUCGGACAACUUGUCCCUGAGCACCUGGGUCGCUUCUUCCUGCAAUUUCCCGGGUUUCCAGCACCCCCAGUCGCUGGCGAUCGCCACCACCGCCGCUUCGCUAGCCGCCCCUGUCCCUCACCCCAUCCAAGGCUCGCUGCCGCAGUACAGCCGCAUCGGGGUGCCUCUGACACCGUCAGCCAUCGCCAGCUCCAUGCAAGGCAGCGGACCGGCCUUUCCCACAUUCCACAUGCCUCGCUACCAUCACUACUUCCAGCAGGGGCCCUACGCCGCUAUCCAGGGCCUGCGGCACUCGUCGGCUGUCAUGACCCACUUUGUGUGAUGGACAGCGGGGUUGCAUUUCCCCCCAGGGACCGUGGCGCACGUGAGUGGCGUUCAGAGCAUCAGGGACAUGCUCUGCACCCACAGCUCAACGGCGCACCAUGAAACAACUCCUGCAGGGAUACGGGGCAGAGACUACAACCUCCAGAAUGCAUCACAGGAUUGGACUACAGUGGACCACUAUUCCCAUGAUGCACCGUUCACAGCCAGUCUACAGGGAGGAUGAAGCGCCCUCUUCUACCAGCAGCAUUGGCACAGCAGCGAGCUGUCAACACUCACACAACAGAGCCGGCCGCACUCACUGUAUGUAUGUACCGUGUGGCAGGCAGGCGGAGCCCGCUGAGCCAGCGUCCUGAAGAACAUUCCUGCACUAGUAUUGCCAGAUGGUGCAAUGCUGCCGACAUACUGGGGACUCUCAGCGUGUCUGAACAUACAAUCACAUCUCCGAUACAACCCACCAGUGGGUGUGACAGUGUGUAUGCAAGUGUGUGUGUGUGUGUGAGUGUGUAAGAGUGGGAGUGCGUGUUUGUGUUCAUGCUUGUGUGUAUCCUCGUGUCUGCGUACGGGUAUGUGAGAAUCCGUGUGUGUCAA